AUGAUUAUUGACGAUGCCAUAUCAUCCCCAAUUAUCGUCACGGAACAUGAUAACACAACGAUGAAGUGUCAAGCUCGAGGACGACCUAUACCCUAUGUUUCAUGGUUUCGUCGAAACGACGAUGGAAAAAAUCCUAAUAAUAAAACAGGAUUAGAAAAUCAACUUUUAGCUAAUAAUACCGAUGGUUUAUAUCAUUUAAUUAAUGUUAGCCGUUAUCAAAGUGGACAUUAUGAAUGUCGAGCAUCUAAUGGUGUCAAUGAUCAUGUUGUCAGUAAAGAUAUUGAAUUACGUGUCCUUUGUAAGUAA